AUGUCUUACAACAAGCCCGAGAAGGAGUUCGGCGAGGCCCCCAAGGUCCACAAGAUCCGCAUCACCCUGACCUCCCGCAAGGUGCAGGCCCUCGAGAAGGUCUGCCAGGAGCUCAUUGAGCGCGCCAAGACCAAGGACCUCCGCGCCAAGGGCCCCGUCCGCUUGCCCACCAAGACCCUCAAGAUCAUGACCCGCAAGACCCCCUGCGGUGAGGGUUCCAAGACCUGGGACUUGUACGAGAUGCGCAUCCACAAGCGCCUGAUCGACCUGACUGCCCCCACCGAGGUUGUCAAGCAGAUCAUCAUCAACAUUGAGGCCGGUGUCGAGGUUGAGGUUACCAUCGCUGCUUAA